AUGACGUCGUACUGGGUGGCUUCGAUGUUGAUGCGGUGCUUUAUUAAAUUGGAACCUCCUGGGACAAUUAUAGCCGAUAAUGCGAGGAAUCUCAGUGGCACAGAGGUCAGGAAGACCUUACAAGAUUUUGGAGUGACAUUGAGGAGAAGUUCGGAGUACUAUCCAAAGGCUGGCAAGAGC